AUGACGACAGAAAGCUUUCGAAAGAAUGUCGCCAAACAGUUGUCCGACUUGCAAGGCAAUCCGGACGAGGAUGCCAAGAUCGACUUUCCGAAGGACCUGACCUCUGCGGAUCGGAAGUACAUCCACAAGAUCGCCGAGUCCUUCCGACUUCACACGCUGUCCAGUGGCACGGGCAACGAGCGCUUCAUCAGCGUGUACAAGAACCCGCCCGCAGGCGCCGAGGCCAAACAAUUUCGGGAGCCGGGCUCCGGGGCAGCGCAGCCGCUGGUGCUGUCGCGGGCUGGUCGCCUUCUGCUGGACAAAGGCUUCGGCAGAUCGUCUUGGGCUCGGCUGCUCUGCAGUGGCUUGCAGGCCCACGCGCACAUCCGCUUCCUGCAGAAGGUCUUGCUGGAAUCCGGGCCCCCGCCGGCGCAAGCGCACGGGGCCGACGUGGAGCCGCGGCAGCUCGAGGGGCUGCAAGUGGCUUUGCGCAGACAGCAGGAGGAGCUCGAGGAGGCUCGGGCGGCAUUGAAAAUCGAGGCCCAUAGGGCUGCGGCGCUGGAAAGGGCCCUGGAGGCGAAGACCCAGCUCUGCGAGGACUUGGCUGCUCAGCACCGCCAAGAGUCGACACGGAGCCCGAGGCGCACCCCAGCAAGACCGCCGCCUCUGGCCAUGGCUGAGGCGGCGCUUCCCUGCGUCAAGGACGGCCUCUGCGACGCCAGCACUUGUGCGCCGGACUCCGAGGGCGGCGGGACGGCGCGCUCCGUGGCGACGGCGGAGGAGGAGGCACUGGAAGGCGAGGUCAUCGAGGCCUUCAUGUCGCAGCUCAGGGUGUCCGAGCCCGGCUAUCCGGAUGCCGCACCCCAGACAGAGACAAAGGCGGUUUCAGCGCUUCGACGUCAGCGGGCGCGCUGCCAGCAGCUCAACGGGCAGCUGAAGGGCCUGGCACAGGAGCUCCUCCGACUUGAGCCCGAGAGCCUGGUCGCGGCGCGGCUGUCGCCGCGCCCGUGA